AUGAAACCUUCAUUUCACAACAACCAAUCUUUCCUCCAAAAAGUCAACAAGCUUCCACACAGAGCAGUUUGGAGUUGCAAAAAGGUUAAGGUCCAGGGAAAUAAAACAGAUGAGAAGGGCCAGAUAUUGCAUGAAGAUGUCGAACUUUGGGUGUGUGAUCCUGUGGAGUGCAUCAAAGACCUCAUUGGAAAUCCAUUGUUCUCAUACAAGGACCCUGCAGGACUUCACCAAGUAAUUGACAACAUGUGGAUGGCAGACUGGUGGUGUGACAAGCAAAAACUGUUCCCAAAAGGUGUGACAAUUGCACCAAUCAUUCUUGCAUCAGACAAAAUGUGUCUGUCGCAAUUCCAAGGUGAUAAAUCAGCAUGGCCUGUGUACCUAACCAUUUGCAACAUCAUGAAAGAGAAGAGGUGGAAAAUGUCAGCACAAGCAACAGUCCUUAUUGGAUACUUACCUGCAGGAAAGCUUGAUUGCUUUACUUCUGAUGCAUGCUCCCUUGCCAGUUACCGACUUUUCCACCAUUGUAUGUCCCUGCUCCUCCAACCCCUCAUUGCUGCAGUCUACCCCAUCCUUGCUGCUUAUGUAGCUGAUUUUCUGGAGCAAUGUCUUGUGGCAUGUUGUAAAGAAAAUCAGUGUCCAAAGUGCAAUCCACUGACUUUGCUGAUGCAGGACCCUGAGGUGACAAAAGAGAUAUUAGAGAAGUGGAAGAACGGUCAGCAUCCAAUUCAAUUUGACGACAACAGGCUACAUGCCAUCUAUAAUCCAUUCUGGGCUAAUCUCCCUCACACCAAUAUCUUCCUUGCCUUCACGCCUGACCUCCUUCACCAGGUCCAUAAAGGUGUCUUCAAAGACCACCUAGUUAAAUGGUGUCUUGAGAUUGUUGGUGAAGAUGAAAUGGACGCACAUUUCAAAACAAUGCCAGAUUACCCUGGACUUCAACACUUCAAGAAAGGUAUUUCUACCAUGAGACAGUGGAUAGGUACAGAGUACAAAGAGAUGCAAUGUGUUUUCAUUGGUCUGCUCACUGGUGUCGUCCCAAGUCAAGUCUUGAACGCUCUUGUGGUGUUUCACACCAACAAGGACAUCCUGCAAGAGCUUGAAGUUCAUGAACACUUCAAUAUUCCUAAAAUACAUCAAAUGUCACACUUCAUUAAGUCAAUCACUCUAUUUGGUUCCACCAAUGGUUUCAACAACACCUAUCGUGCCAGCAACAAAUGCGACUAUGAAGAGCAAAUGGCCUUAUGGCUUCAAUGCCAGGAAGCCAUGUUCCUGCAUAGUUUUUACCUUCAUUGGUUUCACACAGAUCCCAACUGCAGAGAUGACUUGGAAUCAGACUCGGAUGCUGAGAUUGAAGAGUCACAAUCUGAGUCACGCAGCACUGCCCCUACAAACACAAUCAUUAUUGUUACUCCCCCUGAUCCACACAUCAGUGACUCACCAAAGCAGUGGCACAUUAGAGCAACACCUGAAGUGCAGCCUUGUCCUGGCCAGAAACCUGGGUCCCCCUCUAAAUUUGAUAUGGUGCUGAUAAGUGAUGGUGUUUGGAUGUCGAAUUUGCAGACAUUCAAAGGUGUGCGAGUUGCGCAAGUUCGUAUUAUAUUCACCCUGCCUUGUCAGUUUCAAGUUGGGAUGUACUCUCAAGCACUAGCUUACAUCAAGUGGUUCAUGCCACUUCAGGAGCCAGAUCCCUCCUCUGGCCUGUGUCAAGUGUCAUGUUCAACUCAUCAGCUGCAUCGGAAUGCAGCUGUCAUAUAUAUUGAUGAAAUUGUUCAUCUGUGUCACCUUAUUCCAAAGAUGGGACCAUCUGUUGACCCCGGGUGGACGAGUGCGAAUGCUUAUGAGAUGGCAAAUGAUUUUUACUUGAAUACUUUUAUUGACCUUGAGACAUUUUGUAUUUCCGCUGGUAGUGAAUAG